UUCUGCCCAGUGCAAUAUACAAUAAUUUCUGCGUAACACAUUAUAAUUUCUACCUAACAUAUUAACUUUGAUGGAGAAGUUUGGGUGGCUCCAUGCUACUGCUGUAAUGCAGCUCUCAUUUUAGCUUUUGCUACCAUUGUCUUGCAGCUUUGACGUAGCUCCAACAAACAAAACAGAUCAGAGUUGCAAAACAAAAUGACCGGGGACGGGAGGUAACCUGAUUCUCUAGCAAAAUGGCAGAUGCACUUGUUUAUGCAGUCUUGGAGCAGCUAACAACAAUCAUCUUCGAGGAAGCAAGGCAAAAGGUGAGGCUAAUAAAGGGUGCACAGGAGGAAAUUGACAAGAUGAGAAGCAAUCUCGAGUCUGUCCGUGCUCUCCUUGAUGAUGCAGAGGAAAGGGAGAAGAGGGACAAAAGGAUCAAACUUUGGUUACAUCGGCUCAAAGAAGCAUCUCUUGACAUGGGGGACGUGUUGGAUGAGUGGAAUACUGCACUUUUGAAGUGGAAAAUGAAUGAAGCUCAAAAUGCUGUGUCUGUCCUCCAGAAAAAGGUGUGUCAUUUUAUCUCUUGUUUUUGCUUUCGACGAGUUGUUAAGCUCCAUGGUGUUGCUGUGCAAAUAAAAGAAAUCAAUGGAAGAUUAGAUGAGAUUGCUAAACAGAAAGAUAGGUUUAGUUUUGUGUCGAGGGAAAUUAGACAGCCUCAAAUUCAACCAGAAAUAGGAACCACAUUUUUCGUUCAUGGUUCUGCCAUCCAUGGACGAGAUGAGGUAAAGAAAAGGAUAAUUAGCCACUUGCUAUGUGGAAGCAGUGAAGAGUCUAGUGACUUCCACCUCCAGGCCAUCUCUAUAGUAGGGAUGGGAGGUAUUGGCAAGACAGCUCUUGCACAAAUCCUCUACAAUGAUGAUCAAAUUAAGACACACUUUGACAAGAGGGUUUGGGCGUGUGUCUCUGAUCUCUUUGAUGAGGCCAGAGUUGCAAGAGCAAUCAUCAUUGAACUUGAAGGUCUGGGUCCUACUGCGGUGUUUGUCUUAAGCUCACUACCACUUCAGAGCCUCUUAGAAAGAAUUUGUGAUUCCUUAGGAGGAAAGAAAUUCUUUCUAGUUUUAGAUGAUGUGUGGACAGAGGACGGUCAUAGUUGGGAUUCACUGAAACAGACUUUUAAACAUGGAGCUCCUGGAAGUAGGAUUUUGGUGACUACUCGCAAGGAUACAGUUGUAGAGAUGAUGGAAUCCUCCCAUGUCUUCCGUCUAGAAGAGCUGUCUCAAGAGAUUGCCGAGAAGUGUAAAGGACUGCCACUUGCUGCGAAGACCUUAGGGAGUUUGUUGCGGUAUAAAAGAACAAGAGAAGAGUGGAGAGAUGUUCUAGACAAUGAAAUAUGGACAUUAGAAAUGAUACAGAAAGAUAUCUUUGCUCCUCUUUUGUUGAGUUAUUAUGAUUUACCCUCAGUAAUAAGACAAUGCUUUUUAUAUUGUGCUAUCUUUCCAAAGGAUUUUGAAAUAUGGAAGUAUCUUGUAAUCCAACAUUGGAUGGCUCAAGGUUAUCUGAAUUCUAGUAGCAAUGUAGAGAUGGAAUUAGUGGGCAGGGAGUAUUUUGAUUAUUUGGCAGCUCGCUCCUUGUUCCAAGAUUUUGGAAGACUUGAAGAUGGUAGCAUAUUUAAAUCCCAAAGCUCGCCAUUUGACAGUAAUGCUGGCAGGACGAACUACUUUUCCUCAAUUUAUGGCACAGAAAAGCUGCGGAGUGUGGUAACCUUUUGUGGACCGGAGGCAAUAAGUGAUGGAGCAUUGUGCAACUUAUUUAAACAGUCAAAACGUCUGCGUUUGCUCGAUUUUGGUUGGGCUGAUGGGAAGCUCAAUGUUUUAAAAAAUGGAAUUCCUGAUGAAAUAGGGCAGUUGAUGCAUUUGAGGCCCCUUAACCUCUCUUACAUUGAGAAUAUGAAAAAGUUGCCUGAAGCAAUCUGUGAAUUAUGCAAUCUGCUGUCUUUGGAUCUAAACGGUUGCUAUAGUCUAGAAGAACUACCAGAUGGGAUCGGGAAAUUGAUCAACUUGAGGUUUUUCCGUGCUGCAGGUUGCUUUGAUCUAACUUGGUGCCCAAAAUCAAUGGGGAGAUUAGCUUCUCUCAGGGAGUUGGUUGAGUUCGUCGGAUAUUCCAUAGAUGCAGAUGAGGUUCGGAGAGCAAGACUUCAUGAUAAGAUCCAUUUGCAAGAGAUGAAGAUUGAUUUGGAUCCAAAAAUGGACGAAGGUUAUGCAGUUGAAACCUUAAACCCACCUUCCAACUUAAAUGUUCAGUUUUGGACUAGCUACACCGACCGGUAUUGCUAGCUGGUCCAGGAAGGAAUGUGAAUUUUAUCAAGCAACAAGGAGACACUUAACAUUGAUCAUGAUGAAUAAUGGGAAUAGUCUUUCACGGUCUGUAAUUGUUGCUUAUUCUCUAUACUUUGUGUUGGUUUACGUUUGUAUUCUGUUUGUUUUCCUGUUGGUUAAUUUUAUGUUCUGUUUGCCUUUUUUUCUUGUUGGUCCAUAUUUGGAUUCAAUCAUGUAGGGUUGAUUCUGCUUGGUGUUUGCUGGAUGACUUGACAGAAAACUUGUUGCCUUCCCUAUUGAAGUGAUCGUAUAUUUGUUAUUUGAAGGCACUGAUUUUUAUUUUUCUUUCCUGAAAAACAAACAUUUGCAUGCACUAAUUUAUGCUCUGGGGCAAAUGUAUUGUUCAUGAAUUGUGCAAAUUAAAGACACUAUUAUUAA